UUCAAAAACGUAAACAAGCUCAAAUCCAGGGGGAAAAAUUCCCUUUUUCCCCUUUUUCCUAGGGCUAGCUGAUUCUCCAAUUCCCUCUUUUUUCUUUAAUUCCAGCCUUGGUUUCCUUCAACCCUUUGUCUUUCUUUAAGUGUUAUACCUAUUUGGUGGAAAUACGCUACUCAGAUGACUGAUUGAAGGAGAAAAGUAGUAAUCUUGUGGAGUUUUCUUUAGGGGUUCAAGCUUUGUCCUCAGGUGUUAAGAUCCGAGUCUAUUAUUUUCUUUCACUUUUCUUUUGAGUGACAAAAAAGAAAAGAAAAUGAGCGCUGCAAGGUUUAUAAAGUGUGUGACUGUUGGUGAUGGUGCCGUUGGUAAAACUUGUUUGCUGAUUUCUUACACAAGCAACACUUUUCCCACGGAUUACGUGCCCACUGUCUUUGACAAUUUCAGUGCAAAUGUUGUUGUCAAUGGGAGUACUGUUAAUUUGGGGUUGUGGGAUACUGCAGGACAAGAAGAUUAUAACAGAUUAAGACCUCUGAGUUAUCGUGGGGCGGAUGUGUUCAUAUUGGCAUUUUCCCUCAUAAGCAGGGCCAGUUAUGAAAAUGUCUCCAAAAAGUGGAUUCCAGAGUUGAAACAUUAUGCCUCUGGUGUUCCAAUAAUCCUUGUUGGAACUAAGCUUGAUCUUCGGGACGAUAAGCAAUUCUUUAUCGAUCAUCCUGGAGCUGUACCCAUUUCUACUGCCCAGGGAGAGGAGCUGAGGAAGCAGAUUGGUUCACCUGCUUAUAUUGAAUGCAGUUCAAAAACACAGGAGAAUGUGAAGGCGGUUUUUGAUGCAGCCAUCAGAGUUGUUCUUCAACCACCCAAGCAGAAGAAAAAGAAGAGCAAAGCACAGAAAGCCUGCUCCAUAUUGUGACUGGAAAAAAGAAAAUGUGAAAAAAAGAUUAUUAGAAGCUCCCGAGUAUCUUUCUCGACUGACAACUCAGGAUCUCUGUGAAGUAUCUGUUGGUGUAGCAAUAUUGCUGUAUUUGCAGCUGUUGUGAUAUCCUAUGGUUGAAACGAAGUACAUGGAUGGAUGCGGUCCUUCUUUCGUAUUGUUUUUUUUUUUUAUAUGCUUUUGUAUUAAUUCCACUGGAACAUCCCAGUUAGGAAAUUGCAGACACAAUUGUAAGCUUAUUGCUGUUGUAUUGAUUUAAAAAUGCUUUUGUGUUUGUGGUUUC